CAUACCUCCGUUCUAUAUCUGAGAUAGUUGAGCGCAAUGUCAUUGGCCUAGUGAGGCCUAGUACUAAGAGCGAAGGAGACGGCCGACGAAUCCCGACGUGCCUUUUGUUAAGGGCCCGUCAAAAAAGCCGAUCUAGCCGAUGUGCAGCCGCCCCACAAUCAUGAUGGAUGCAUUUGUUAUCGCGUAUCUCUCGUUCAUCUGUGCUGGUUCAUCGCAGAGUGAGCAGUGCAUCCGAUUCGACGACGUCGUGCCCUACUUUUGGCUCUUACAAUAAUGGCCGUUUCUUCUUCAAACGACGGCUACGUCCCUCUCACUAGCAGGCUAUUGAACCCAAACGAUAGUUUGAUGGUGGACGGGUCUAAAUCCAGAUGGCGUCGUGUAGUCGAAAAUGCACAGAAGAUUACGCGUGAUAAUGUUGGCCUUCUGCUUGUGACUUUGUCGCAGCUCCUUCUCUCGGGCGUCAAUGUUGCGGUGAAAAUGCUGAAUGGAAUAGACCCCCCAAUAGGAACAUUGGAGUUUAUCGUCGUCCGAAUGGCAAUAACCUACCUCUGCAGUGUCGGAUAUAUGGUUUUCGCAGGCAUCAACCAUCCAUUUCUUGGACCGAAAGGAGUACGACUAUUACUCGUCUUCCGGGGUUUUUCGGGUUUCUUUGGGUUGUUUGGCACAUAUUUCUGUCUAAAAUACCUCUCGCUCUCAGAUGUUACAGUCUUAUCAUUCCUUGCUCCAUUUUUCACUGGGAUAUCUGGAGCCAUAUUCCUAAAGGAAAAGUAUAACUACAGAGAGGCCUUAGCAGGACUAAGCAGCUUGGUUGGCGUCGUCCUCAUUGCAAGGCCGACCUUCAUUUUCGGACACCUAGGAGAAGAGUCUAAUCUGAGUGCUGUUAGUGAUGGAGUGCCCUUAUCAGGGGUGCUUCAAACGGUCGUAACACCCCAGGAGAGACUCACCGCCGUAGGUGUCGCACUUAUUGGUGUUCUAGGCUCCACAGGCGCUUAUACGUCCUUAUGCGCGAUCGGUAAACGCGCCCAUGCUCUACAUGCCUUGGCUUCGUUCUCUAUGCAAAGCGUCAUCGUCGGGUCUAUCGGUAUGAUAGUAAUGCGUACGCCGUUGGUUAUCCCGACUCAACUCUCAUGGGGAGCAUUGUUGGCUGUGAUAGGUUUUCUGGGCUUCUUUGCUCAGGUUGCCUUGACUAUGGGACUCCAGCGAGAAACGGCGGGGCGUGGUACGAUAGCCAUCUAUACUCAGAUUAUCUUUGCAUCGUUUGCAGAGAGGAUAUUCUUCCACACUACAUCCCAGGUGCUUUCUGUAUUGGGGACCAUUAUCAUCCUUUCUUCUGCGUUAUACGUUGCUAUUACGAAGAGGAACCGCAAGCAGGCUUGCAAUACCUCAGACGAUGAUAUUUCACUUGAAGAGGGUCUUCUCAGUGGUUCAAAUGAUGAUAAAGAUGUGUUUAAAUCAGCUGCCCCCGCCGAUUCGGAGGGACAUUCUUCGAGUCAGAGUAUUCUGGAGUCGGAUUACGAUUCAGCUGUGGAAAUUGCGAGUCCUACGCCGUCUUGCUCUGAUUCUCAAGAGGUGAUCCUUCAGAACCCGACAGCUUAGACCAAUCAUGGUAGAUUCCAACGGGGGUUUAUUAGGCGACGUAAAGCCAAAGUGCCGGAAAAGCUAUCUACCCCUUGCUUUCCCUCAGGCGAACCCAGGAUUUGUGAG